CUCCACCGACGAAUAAUCCUCAAAAGGGAAAUGAUCUCCUCUUGCUUUAUAUCAUUGACUACUGUGACAAACGGAAAUUCAACGAAUCCGCUGCCGCUCUGAGACGGGAAGCUGGUGUGAAACCCAACCAAAAAGUUCCUGUCGACUCUCCAGAGGGCCUGUUAUACGACGCCCUCCAGAGUCUGACUCAACGAAGAUUCCCAAAUGCGAGAGAGCAUGGCAUCGCUCCUGGAAGAGCUGUACCAGGACGGGGUUUCUAUCCUCAAGACCCAAGUUCCAUACCAGGUCAACCUCCCUACUCCCAUGGCCUCAAUGGCAUGCCAACUGGCGCACCGGGCAUUUCUGCAAUGACCCCCCUCCAAGACCCCUCCUUACAACAUUUACAACAAGGCCGAAUGCCCGGCGCAAGAGGGCCUGGCGCUCCCGGAGCACCAAAUACUCAACCAGAAGGCUCAACUUCAGCGCAACCGGGGCCUCAGGCGCAGCAGCAACGCAUGACGUUGCCAAACGGACAUCCUCUACCGCCCAACGCCACCGCUCGACCUGGCCAGAUGCAUUCCAACUCUCCUCAAAAUGCUGGCAAUGGCAUGACAGCAAGUCCCCAGCAAGCCACAACAACCAAUUUAUCCGAUAUUCCACCUAUGCAUUUGGCAGAUCUCGCACGUCAAGUUGGGGCCCCGCCUACGAAUCCCCAUCAGCUCCCGGAAGAAAUGAAGGGAGAAUUUUCACCUAAAGGCGACUCGCCGCCCGAUAAAAAGAAGCCGAGAAUAUCGCCACAAGAACCAGGCAUGCCCCUUCCGAGUACUCCAUCCCUAGCUGCCGCACAACCACCACCACUAGGUAAUCGGUUACAAGCUGGGGGGCCCCCUCCUGGGGGCAUGGUCAUGGGGGGGACCAAUCAACCUCCAAUGCCGGGCGGGCCGCCAUUCACAACUAUGCACUUGGGCAAUCCCAACCAGCCUCCGAACGCACCUCCGAUUCCAAUUGGUGCUCAGACGGUAGUCAACGGUCAACCAAUGCCCAACAUUAGUGGAGCAACGGGUCCCAUGGCAGCUCAGAUACAACAAUAUAAUCAGCGAAACCAAGCUACCCUUCAACCAGAUCAUCAGCAACAUCUUAAACAGUUGCAACAAAGUACGAUCAAUGGAUAUAACCCUAGGGCGAGCUAUAUACCACCUCCGAAUCCAGGGAUGCCUACAAACCUCACUGCCGGCGCUGGUGGCACAGUCCCGUCAGAACAAGUUGCCCUUGGUACACCAGGCUCUAGGCCACAAAUGGGACCCACCGGUCCCCCCAAGGGAGCUAUGCUCCCCCCUCCUGCUCCCAACUCGACGAUGCAACCAACUGGGGCUACUAAUACCAAUGGACCAAACUCUGGCAAAGGUACACCGGUUAUGGCAGCUCGGAUCAAGGAAGGCUCUAGUCCGGGUGGAAUAGAAGGUGUUUCUCCUGAAAAUGCGCGCCCUGGUAGCCGGCCCAUACCUGGGUCAACCCCACAAGCUGUCUCAGCAGCCCCUACACCUUCAAAUCCCAUUACUGGACCACCUCUCACUCCUGGCCGACCCUCAACAAUAUCUGCACCAUCCCCUGGUCUAAUGGGACAACCACAACAAUUAAGCCGCCCACAAAGUCAAUCCCCAUCUGGCCUAUCUGUCCCCCGUGCGCCAACAUCCACACCGUUACAACCUGCCCUAAACCCGAGCGUAAUUCAAGCUCAAAACUAUCAGACCGCAGGGGGACCCUUGGGUGGACUCAAUGGCGUUCCCAACCCCAAUAGUUCUUUAUCCGCACCUGCAUCUCUCAUGCCUGUUACGCUAGGGAAUCCGAGCGCUGGCCUUGCAGGACCUGAUACCUCUACAAGUGACCUCUUUGGCAUGAGUCUUGAUCUGCAAAUGAUGAAUUAUCCGGACGACUUCGGCCAAAGUAUGACUCUCGACUUUGGUUUAUCAGACGAUUUUUACUCGUACAUUGAUGAGGCGGCGACUUUGGAUUCGGGUCCCGGCGGUCCAUGA